GCCUUCCAAUGAAGAGGAGGAGGAGGAGGAGAUCAUUGAAAUUUUGAAUUUAAACCACCGCUUUCAAACGUUUUAUCAUAGCGGACAGAAAGUAGACAUCAGGGAGAUCACGAAAAAACAUUUCAACCUGCAACAGACGACUUGACAAUGGUUUAAAAAUAUCACUAUUUUACACUUCCCCUUAGGGACCAAAUCAGGGAGCCGCGUCCGGAGUGCGGAGAUCACAAUGACGGUUAGCUUAGAUUUAGGCGUCUACGAGGGGUUUUUAUUUCGAGCCGAACAUCAAACGCCAAACAUCCGGUUUCAUCCCGUCUAUUACUCGCUCACUUGACGCAUCCUAACCACAUCCAUAUGGUUCUGGAUUGGAUGUGGGAAAUAAGAAAGCUGUGCUGCUAGCUAACAUUUCACAGCUGUUUACAGCGAGAGCAACGGUCGGAAAGGACGCGCGGUCCCCGGCUGCAGGAUAACAGAACUGUCGGUAGAUUCUAAACACUUUAAGGAGAAAGUUUAGCCCGAAGCGUCACUCUCGGUUUUGGACGUUAUCCGACGACCAUGCUGUCGUCCAAAUAGCCUCGGUGGAGGUUGAGGAUGGCCGCAGACGUGGAUAAAAUUAUCCGCCAGAAUGAGAGCACUAUUUCGCCGCAGAACAGGCAUCGGAGUCCGGGCUCUGGAUCCUGGAUCUACAGGGGAAUGUGGACCCUGCUGAUCGUCGGCGCCGUCCCUCUCCUUGCUUUUGGGAUCAAGUAUUAUCAAGAUGCCCAGCUCGUCAAACGUCAUGAAGAGAGUGUUCGAACUCUGGGUGCUGAGGGGCUUUUUCUCUUCUCCUCCUUAGACACCGACCAUGACCUCUAUCUCAGUCCGGAGGAGUUUAAACCUAUUGCUGAGAAACUCACAGGGAUUACACCCCCUGUGGAUUUUGAGGAGGAAGUGAUCCAGGACCCAAAUGGAGAGACUUUGACCUUGGAGGCCAAAAUGCAGCCUCUGCUGCUCAACUCUAUGACAAAAAGCAAGGAUGGUUUCCUCGGGGUUUCUCACAGCUCUCUGAGUGGGCUGCAUUCUUGGAAAAGCCCAGCGGUGCCUUCUUCGUCAUUCUUUGCCAGCCAGUUCAGGGUCCUCCUGCCCCCAAAGAACAAGGUUGAAGUGGGAGACACGUGGUGGGUGAUUCCUAGCGAGCUCAACAUCUUUACUGGAUACCUGCCCAACAACCGUUACCACCCUCCCACACCAAAAGGCAAAGAGGUUCUCAUCCACUCCUUGUUGAGUAUGUUCCAUCCUCGGCCGUUCAUCAAAUCACGUUUUGCUCCUCAGGGCGCAGUCGCCUGCAUUCGUGCCAGCAACGACUUUUAUUAUGACAUUGUCUUCAGGAUUCAUGCAGAGUUCCAGCUCAACGAUGUUCCAAACUUUCCCUUCUGGUUCACCCCGGGCCAGUUCACUGGUAACAUCGUCCUCUCUAAAGACGCAUCUCAUGUCCGCCACUUCCACCUCUACGUCCCUAAUGACAGGUCUCUGAAUGUGGACAUGGAGUGGCUGUACGGGGCCAGUGAGAGCAGCAACAUGGAGGUGGACAUCGGAUACCUGCCGCAGUUAGAGCUGCAGUCCACAGGCCCGUCCACUCCGUCCAUCAUCAUGGAUGAGGAGGGCAACAUCAUCGACAGUCGGGACGGCAGCAGUGAGCCGAUCCAGUUUGUCUUUGAGGACAUCCACUGGGCCUCAGAGAUCAGUCGGCAAGAAGCCACUCGACGCCUGGAGGUCACCCUCUACCCCUUCAAGAAGGUGUCCUACCUGCCUUUUUCAGAGGCCUUUGAGCGAGCCGAAGCAGAGAAGAAGCUGGUGCAUUCCAUUCUGCUCUGGGGAGCAUUAGAUGACCAGUCCUGCUGAGGUUCGGGGCGAACUCUCCGGGAAACAGUCCUGGAAAGUUCGCCCAUCCUGGCUCUGCUCAACCAGAGCUUCAUCAGCAGCUGGUCUCUGGUCAAAGAGCUGGAGAACAUGCAGGCGGAUGAGCAGAACCCUGUGUUGAGUGAAAAGGCCCGCUUACAUCUGGAGAAGUACAACUUCCCUGUGGAGAUGAUGGUGGCACUGCCUAAUGGAACCAUUGUCCACCACAUCAAUGCCAACUUCUUCCUGGACCAGACGGCCAUGAAACCAGAGGACGAAGGAACAACUUUCAGCUUCUCUGGGGGGUUUGAGGACCCCUCCACAUCCACUUAUAUCAGCUUCCUGAAGGAGGGGUUGGAGAAAGCCAAGGAGUACCUGCCACAGUAAUGUGUAUGUGUGUGUGUGUUUGUGUGUGUGAGCCUGAGAGACUAAAUUGGGGGAAGUGAUAAUCAUUCCUCUGGGUAAUGAUCCAAGAUAUGGAAAACUCUCCAACAAUUAUGUAGAGAAGCUUUCUCAUCAGUGUUGGCAGCUGAGAAACGUCUUUGCCUUCUAUCCUGUUUGUUACUAUUUAUUUGGGCGUCUCUCCUGGUCAGAUAUGAAGUUUUCAAUACAGUAUUUGUAUUGUUACAAACUGUACAUAUACGAUACUGUUACUGGCCAUAUAGUAGAUUUUAAUGAAAUACAAAGGCCUCCCACUGAGCUGUAACAAAUAUGUAAACACAUUUAGAUCUGCUCUCUCUGCUUGUAGCUGCUGAUUAAUGGCGGUAUGAAAUGUAGACAGAGGCCUGACAAGUCGUUCUUGAGUGCAUGUGCCCAUGUCAUCCUAAAGACAAAUCAUAAGUGUGGCACAACACAACGUGAGAUUUGAUAUUUCCUCUUCUGUAUCCCGAUGUUGCAUGUGCAAUAUUUAAUGACUGCGCGAGUUUUCCUGCUGCUGAGUGUACCCAGAGACAGCGCUAAUGCAGUUGUUGCCUCCAGUUGUGCUUCAGCAGUUUGUGAAGGCUUUGCCUGAAAGCUCUCUGUGGGCUGGGUCACGCCUGAUGUUCCUGCCGAGGCUGCUGGGAGGUAACACCCUUCUUUGACUCAGGGGACAUACGCAGCAGGAACAACUAAACGGGGCCGUGGCACAUAAAAUGAUUAAUUCAGUCGUUUUCUUGUACUUAGAGUUUGAAACCAAAUGUUGAAAUAUUUUGCAGAUUUUCUGUUAAGAGGAAGAUGUGACCACACCAAAGAACAUUGUUUUUGAUAUCUACAGUAGCUGGCUUGCACCUAGGGCAGCUGUUGAGCACAAAGAAAUUCAAUAGGUUGCUUGCCCACUUGGUUUAUAUUUAUGUAACUCAAUGGAACCAAAUGGUGUUUGCGAGCAAAACUGUUUGGUCCUUGAACUGAAAGGCACAUGAUACCAUAUACUGUUGUUAUCCUUUUGUAGGCUCCAGUCAAAAUAAUGUUUUCGGUUGUGUCUUUAGUUAGACAAAGAGGAAAUCCUUGAUAUUUCAAGGACAAACAUUACGAUCUGGACCAACCUUCAGCUGUUUUUAAUAUUUCCUCUUCAAGUCCUAAUUUCUGUUUUUUUAGUGUGAAACAGAAGAACCCAGGAAUCAAGAAAACUCAUCUGAAUUAGUAACAGUGAAUUUCGAUAAUGAUAAUAACAUUAUAUUGGAAUAUGACUUUGUAAAAGUGUUGCACUUUCAAGGUCAUAUGAGUCCUGUCAACCUGAAAUAUCUGACUAUUUGAAAUCUUUAGGGGAAAAACACUGUUAUUCUGUAACCUACCAGUGCCAUUUUUUUCACAAGAUGAAAUAAAAGACUUUUUUUUUUUUU